AGCCAAAUGCCAUCAAACACCGUAGAGCCGUUACCAAAAUGCGACGUCCGCUCUCGCCGACACUGGCCAAAUUGGCCGAGCAGGAGGUGAACGAGACUCCCGACCGCAUUCAGCAGGACAUCAUUAUCCUGCGUGUCUGGAUUCGCCAGCAGCCGCAUCUGCGUGCCCGCACGGAUGUGGACUUCCUGAUCGCCUUCCUGAGACGCUGCCGGUACAGUUUGGAGGAGACCAAGCGCCGGAUCGACCGCUACUUCACCCACUACAACCUCUUCCCGGAGAUCAUGAACAAUCGCUGUGUAACGCAGCGCCUCCUGGACAUCAAUCGCAUGGGAGUAUGUCUAUAUCCGGAUAUGCCCAAAGGAGAUAGUCGUUCAGCCAUUUUCAUAGCCCGUUUUGGCCACUUCGAUCCCAAUCUGUACAUGCUGCGCGAAAUCUAUCACUUUUCCUCGAUGGCCAUGGAGGUGAUAGCUCUGGAGAAUGACCAUGCCUCCCUGGCGGGCAUCUGUGAAAUCAUCGACCUCGAGGGCGUCAACUCGGACAAGAUGCGGCGAUUCGACAGGGUUCUAUUCCGGAGGUGGUGGAACUGGCUGUACAACUGCAGUCCGCUGAAGGUCAAGGAGAUGUACAUUAUUAACAUGCCCAAGGAUAUUCAGGGCACCGUCAUGUUUCUCUACAACGUGCUCAGCAUGCAGGUUAACUAUCCGAUUCGCGUGCUAAAGAACAGCGAGGAGCUGAUCGAGCACAUUGGCAAGGACUCACUGCCCGAGGAGUACGGGGGCACCAAUGGCCACUUGGGCGAGUGCGUGGCCUACAUGGAGGACCUGCUGAACAGCUAUCGCGGGUACUUCGAGCAGGACGUCAACUACGGGACCAUCGAGGAGCUGCGUCCCGGCGAGAUAGCCACCUAUGAGGCCGACUCUGCUGUAGUCGAUCAAUUAAAGAUAACACCCACCCAUAUCACCUAUCUAUGCACUCGUAUAGCGCCACUAACACCAAAGUCCCCAAAGCCACCAGCACAUCGACCAUGGCGGUGCCUCCAGUGGUUUUGGCAUUCAGUUAGCAUUGAGACGAGCGCCGGAAUGGCGACGACCAGCAAGCUGAGACCUCUCAAUCCCCAGCUGGCGGCUCUGGCCAAGAGCGAGUGCAACGAGGAGCAGGCCCAGCGUGCCGCGAACGUGUCCACCAUCCAGACGUGGAUCGGCAAGUCGCCGCACCUCAAGGCCCCCACCGACGAGCAGCUGAUCCUGGCCUUCCUGCGGCGCUGCCGUUUCAGCCAGGAGGAGACCAAGCGACGCAUCGACAACUACUACUCCCUGCGCAGUGUGUUCCCCGAGGUUUUGGGAUCGCGGCAGGUGGAUGAGGCGCUGCUCACCCAGCUGCAAAGAGGGAUCCAUGUGAUACCCACUCGACCUGUGAGUCCACAGGGACCGAGGGUUAUCAUCUCGCAGUUCCGGAACAUCGAUGCCAAGAAGUCGAAUCCCCGCGAGGCCUUCAAACUGGUCUUCAUCAUGCUGGAACUACUGGCCCUGGAGUGCGAUAACGCCUCGAUUUCCGGCGUCGUCUGGGUGGCGGAUGCCCGGGACGUGACCAUGGAGCAGAUGCUGCAAUACGAUCCCUUCCUGCUGAAGAAGGCGUUCGCCUUGGUGGAUCAGUGCAUUCCCCUGCGAUUUGUGGAGAUUCACAUGAUCAAUAUGCGAAAGGAAGGGCAGACCAUUUUCAACUUUGUAACAAAGUUUUUACCCUCCAAACUACCCUUUAAGUUCGCGGUGCACAAAAAGUCGGAGGAUCUGUACCAGCACCUGCCCAGAGAUGCGAUGACCAUCGAGUAUGGAGGAACCAAUGGCUACCAGGCGGAGGCCGUGGACUACUGGCGCCAGAAGCUGCAGGACAACAAGGAGUACCUGGCCAAGGACGCCCAGUACGGGACCAAUGAGAGGCUCCGCGUCGGACUUUCCAGUGCCUGGGCCAAUGGCGAACUGGAUGGGAUGAGCGGCUCCUUCCGCAAACUGGAUCUGGACUAAGUGAAAGACUCUGUUCGCUGUUUGAAUUACCGUUUAAUUAAGUGCUAGGGCUAUA